CUAUAUAAGAAAUGGUUCCGUAAAUCGAGAGCAUCAGUAGUAGAUGAUCGCUUGUCCGGUGCGCAGCUCAUAAAACCGGAUCUAUUAAUUGAAAAUCAGUAUGAGAUUCUUUACAUUCGUCACCGUAUUUGUGCUCGGUGUACUGGCGUUGGCCAAAGCUGUGCCGCUGUCACCGGAUCCAGGAAAUGUAAUCAUCAAUGGCGAUUGUUUAAAAUGCAAUGUUCGCGGUGGCAAAUAGUCAAGACUUUGCCCUAAUAAUGCUAUUGUAAUUAAAUAAGCCCUAGAAUGUAAAAAGCCUUUUUCCAGUUGAAAUAAAAUAGCAAAAAGUUCAUGGAGUCCUGGAUUCUAUGGAUGUAUAUAAUUUGCCACAGUA